GGCACCUCCCCCUCUGGCCCCUUCCCAUCGGGCUCCUCCCCCAGGCGAGUUCUGAUUGACACCGGGGAGCGCGGCGUGCCAGAGUACAUCAGCUCUCUGCGGGGAGCGCUGCGGCAGGCCGACGCCACCAUCCAGGAGGUGCUGCUCACCCACUGGCACCACGACCACGUGGGGGGCGUGGCUGACGUCCACCGUGACAUCACAGGUGUCGACGUGCCUGUGAGCAAACUGCGGCGCACUGAGGGGAGGUCAGAGGAGGAGGAGCGGGGGAAGGGCUACACCUACCUCUCUGACGGAGACGUCAUCCGGACGGAAGGAGCUACUCUCACGGUGCUGUUCACCCCGGGCCACUCCGACGACCACAUGGCUCUGCUGCUGCAGGAGGAGGGGGCCGUGUUCUCGGGGGACUGCAUCCUUGGGGAGGGCACUGCGGUGUUCGAGGACCUCCACGACUACAUGGGGUCCCUGGAGCGCCUGAUGGGGCUCCGGCCCACCCUCAUCUACCCAGGCCACGGCCCUGUGGUGACAGAGGCGGGCCCUAAGAUCCAGCACUACAUCAGCCACAGGAAGCAGCGCGAGCAGAGCAUCCUGUCCGCCCUCCAGGCUGCCGCCGGGACCAGCUUCACCUCCACGCAGCUGGUCCACAUCAUCUACAAGGACACUCCCCAGCACCUCCACGGUGCGGCUGAGGUGAACCUUGUCCACCACCUGAAGAAGCUGGAGAGAGAGGCCAAGAUACACCUGGUGGAAGACUCCUCCCCGACGGUCCGAUGGAAGAGCAACCUGUAACCAGAGAAUGCCCACAUAUGGACAUCCAGUAUAGAGGAAGGCCUAUUUAUGGGAAUCCUGUACACAGGCACCCUAUAAGGACAUCCUGUGUACAUUUGAUUCUUUGUCCAAGCAGCGUCUGAUCCUGGUCAGUGGAUCGGUGACACUGGGAAUGGACAUCUGUACCGUAGCCAAUGGGGUCACUGUGCUUCUUCCUUAAACCACACCCCCCUGCUCUCAUUUGCUCUGAGUAAUGUCAAUCCCAUCAUUUGUAGUGUAAACAAGCUUAGGACAGCAGAGAGUACAACUGUUUCCUUCAAACUAGAAGAAACCUUUUCCUUUAUGAUGCGUAAACGCUCUGUGUGUCUUUUAGCGGCUACUGUUUGUUUAGAAGUCAUUGACGGAGGUGUGGUGUAGCUCGACCUGUUGUCCGCCAGGUGGCGCUGUCUGUCAGGAGGAUGGCCUGAAAUAUGCACGCAUGCUGUACUGUA